UGGACACUUGCAUAGUAGUUGCAUUGAAACUCAAGAUCACGCGAGCUCUGACCGAUACAUAGAGUAGAGUAUUAUCUUUUCUCUUUGGGCUGGCGUCCUUGUCCAUGAGAGGUGCCCGGAUUGAAUGCCGGCGUCGUGUCACACCCGAAGUCAAAUCGAUGCUCCAUGUCUCGGUGCCGCACGCGCGGCCUAGCUACCUACUUGAUCUCCAUAUAUCGCGAGCCUAGCUAGCUAGCUCUCGCCAUUGCCGCACGCACGCGCAGAGCGACGAGGCGACACGUACGGUGCGUGCGUGAACAGCCGAGGAGGGAAGAGAAGAUCGACGAGGCCAUGGCGAGCGUGGGCGCGUUGCUGAUGGCCGCGGUGCUGCCUCCGGUGGCCGCGCUGCUGAUCGCGGUGGCCGUACGGGCGGCGGCGCGCGGGGUGGGCGCGCUGGCGCGCGCGCACUACGCGUGGCCGGCGGAGUCGCCGUCCGUGCAGGCGCGGAAGUGCGGCAGGAGGGCGGCGCCGGAGCAGCCCGACCACGAGCUGCGCGUGUCGCGGCACCGCGGGGGCGCGGCGGUGGAGUGCGCGGUCUGCCUGAGCGGCGUGGGGGAGGGCGACGAGGUGCGGGAGCUGCGGUGCCGGCACGUGUUCCACCGCGCCUGCCUCGACCGGUGGCUCGCGACGCCGCCGGCCACGUGCCCGCUCUGUCGCUCCCGCCUGCUGACGGCGCCGCCGGUAGAGGAGGAGGAGGAGGAGGAGCUGGACCUGGACUCCGACCUGCUGCUGCUCAUGGCGUACGUGCACGGCGGCCGCGGCGGCGGCAGAUGGUUCUGGUCGCCGUGAUCGCCCACCCGUGACCCAUGCCAUGCCCGAGCACCUCAGCACCUGUACGGCGUACGGACGCGUGUGCGUGCGUGGUGCACCGGCACGCACGCAUGCACGUACGUACGGUGGCCUGCGCGCACGUUCCCGGCGGUUUUUGUAUAUUGUUUUCUCUGAGCUAGAUCGUCCGUUCAUUCCUCUUCUCCUUUCUUUCUUUCUUUUCUAGAAGAUGUGGUUGGUGUACGCACGAGAGAGCGGUGGGAGGUAUGGAGCUUAGCUGGUUUUCUCGCAGUUUGUUAAUGGCGCGUGCGCGCACGCAUGCAUGGCAGGUUGGCAGAGCGUGGCGCCUGGCGGUCGCCACGUCGUCCGGGCGCGAGCACGUUGUUCUC